CUGCUGAGCCACAGAGGAGGGAAUGCAUUUUGCAUGCAAUAUUCUGUUAAAACAAUAAGUCCAUUUGACUAACAUGGAUUCUACUGGUGGCGUUUGAGCAUUAACAGCCGUUGUUAAACUGAAAGAAGGCAAUGCUCUGAAACAUUGUGCCUCUGGUCCAGGUCUGCUCCCUCCAACAGUCCGAUUCUCACCCGGAUCGCACCGGGGAACAACCAGCGGACCCACAAAAUCCAAACUCUCUGAAGUCCCAGAGACAUGGAUUCUAGGGUUGGACGCAUUUUUGGUGGGAAUGUUUCGAAUUAAACCAGCAUCUGAUUAAUAAUCACUCUUCUUUUUUGGGAUAUAAUGCCGAAUUGCUCAAGAUGACUGAGCUGAAUUAUGCCUUAAUAAGUGAAAACAGGAAAGAAGUGGAUAAAACUUUGACCUGGAGUUACAUAGAAUGGCAUGAGAAGGAAACAGACAAAGGGACGGAUGCACAGACUCAAACAAAGCAUGAACAAACCGAAGACAAAGAGACGCAAACGAGUAACCCUUUCAUAAUGCAAAUAGAUUUAGGUAAGAGGCCCUCCAGACUGAGGUACAGUUCUCUUAAAGAGGGUGACGGCAUGCCCACGCACUUAUUUCAGUUUGAUAGACAAGCCCCGUCCCGCAUCUCCACGUCCCCAACGCUGAGGAGGAUGAGGAGCAUUAGAAUCUCCUCCCAAGGACCAGGCAGGUUUGAUGGCCCUUUAGGAGAGGAAACACCCCCUCCAAGGAGCCCCCUGUCUCCGUUGAAUCUGAAAAAGUCUCCUCUGGCGGUUGAGUCAAAUGGAGAGGGCGGAAACUUAGAAUCUUCAUUGAUUCGUGGGAAAAAUCCCUGGCAAAGAUCAAAGACUCUUCACAACGUUCUCACUGGCAACAGUCAAGAGUCUCGUGAUUCAAAAGAGGUUGUUUCUGAUGACAACGAGAGCACCACUGAUGACAGUGAUAAGGUGAACGAGGCCUGUCAUAAAAGGCUCCAGGAAAGGAGGCGGAGCUCUGUGGUUGUGAGUCUUCCUGGAUUGGAUGUUUCCCCUGGAGAUUUAUUUGUGUCCAAUGGUGCUGCUGAUUUUUUAAAUAAAUCAGCCUAUUCAGACACCAAGAAAUCAAAGUGGCCCUUCUCGAGACGUAACACAGCAAAAGGGAAGGCAGACAUUGACAAGUGUCUGGCUGGCAUUCAGAUCCAGGAAUGGAGGGACACAGACUUUCAAACAUACAAGGAUAUGUCUCUGGAGGAGUUUUUGAGAGGUUGCUCUGAGCUGGGAGCAGCAGAGAAUCCUAAAGCUGACCGAAAACAGGAGGCCAUUUGGGAGCUUUUUACCAGCGAAUGUGUCUACUUCCUCGAUCAGCUCAUGGUUUUAAAAGAGGUAUUUUUGACCACGCUGUCAGAUCUGCAGAUGAGAGAAUGUUUACAUGACAUAGACUCUUGGAUGCUUUUUGCUAAUUUAAAUGAGCUCUGCCUGGUUAGCUUUGGCUUUCUUACAAGUCUCUUGCGUGUCAUUAAGGAACUGUGGACCAAUCCGGACAGCUAUAGUACUCAGACUCUUCUUGAACUCCUUAGAAAGGCGUUUGGUGAAAGCAUUUGCCAUUGUUUACAGAAAUACUGCCUAAAUUACAGCACAGCCAUCCUUUAUCUGGACAGCCUGAAGCUCAGAGAGGACUUUGGCUCCUUUGUGAAGUGGUGUGAACGUAACGAGCAGUGCCGCAGGCUGCAGCUGAAGGAUCUGCUGGUGGCUCCUCUACAGAGGUUCACACGGUACCCUCUGCUUUUGAAGAACAUAGGAAAGAGAGGCUGCUCAGAGCAAGAGGAGAGCGCUCUACAGAGCAUCGUGGACAUAAUUGACCAAGCCAUCUAUGAUCUUGAAGGGAAAGUUAAGUGGUUGGACAACUACCAUAAGGUGAAGCAGCUGAAGGAAGCUCUGGUGUGGUUUCCUGUGUGGCAGCGAGACAAGAAAGCCCAUAUACCCGAGAAUCUCAAACACUUAUUAAAAGCUGUAACCAUGGAGAACCUGGUGUCUCAACGAAGUCUUCUUUACGACGGCAAGCUCGUUCUCAUAGAAAACGCAAAGCUGCAUGACGUCUACCUGUUUCUCUUUGACGAAUUCCUUCUGAUCACAAAGAUUAAGCGAAGCAAAAAGAAGUCUAAUGUGGUGGAGCUAAACCCACUGCGUCAAGCUAUGGGCCAAGAGUUUGACAUCUUAUUGCAGGAGGGCUGUAGCUUCACAGUUCUGGAUCAGCCCAUUUCCCUGGACCGCCUGCAGUUAAAGAACAUAGACCAACUCAACGCCACAGCAUCUGGUCUGCCUAAUUCUUUCAUAAUAAUGCAUCAGAAUCGUUACCAGCAAUGCAUCGGAGUCUUCCUUCUGCAAGCCCAGACUGAAUCUAUAAAGAAAGGGUGGAUGUCAGAGAUAGACGAUGCCAUCAAUUCUCUGCUCAAGCAGGACUGUCAGCAGCCCCGGGUCAAAAACUCCACGCUUUACCUGGAGUCUUCACAAAUCUAACUUAUACACAGACUUUCUGUAGAACUUCCCUUAAAGUGCCAUUGGACCACUGAAGGAGAUCACUGGAACAAUGUCGCAGUUACCUUCCAGCAACAUAUUUUACAGUUUUAAAAUGUAUUCAUUUUGCACCGCCAACAGUGGUGGUGACCCUUAGCAGAUUGAAGUUCCACAAGAGGAAGAACGUGUCAGUUCUCUUUUAAUUUUUGGAAAACAAACAAUGCUCAGUUGCUGAAUUUGUCUGGAUUUCAUGAUAAUGUGACUAACAUUUCUUGUUAUGAGGAAAGUAGAAUGCUGUUAAACAUAAGCACUCAGAAAUGCUUCCCAAACAGUCAUGUGAUGAUCUAGAUUAGGGGGGUUUUCAAAGUCAAAGACUGUGGGCCUCCCUUCUGACACAACAUACACGAUGGCGUCUCCCCCCCCCCCCCCAAACACACACACACACACACACACACACACACACAUACAUCUGAACAGAUUGUCAGACAAUUGUUUGACAUUAUUUAAUCAUUUUUAUCAUUUAUUGUUUAAAAAGAAAAGUGCAGAAGUUAUUGAAUUAUGACACUGAAUAUACAACUUUUUAUAUUAUAUAAUUUUUACAAUGGUGGAGAUAAAUGGAACAAAAACAAUACUAGUUCCCAGCAAAAAGCUAAAAAACAAACAAAAAAAGAAUAUAAUAAUUUGAAAUACCAAUAAUGAUCCAUCAUUCAAACCAGUCAGAAGAUGGUAUGUAUGGCAAUACGCAGCGCAGUGAUGUGAAGCUUCAGUGGUCUGUUACAUUUAAUUUGACAAAUUCUCCGACAACUUUUUUCUGAACUUUUUCCGUCACCUCUGCUUUAUUGGCGGGCUUGACAAAUAUCAGAGACUCUUCAAAGAUUCUUGAUAAAUAUAUAUAUAUAUUUUUUGCCUAUUAAUUUUAGAACUGUAUAUAUAAUGUUUUAAAUAUAAUAGUUAAUCUCUCUCUACAUAUAUAUAUAUAUAUAUAUAUACACACACACACACACACACACACACACACACAUUAAUUAUUAAAAAGUGUUUACCACUCUCCGCACCUCCCCUGACAUGCUCUAGUGCCCCACACUUUGAAAACCCCUGAUCUAGAUUAUAAUUCAUUAUGUGGUUGUAAAUUAGUGGCAAUGGACAUUUUAUAAAUUAAAAGGUUUUGUUAAAACUUUGUGCACUACAUUGUGUUGGGAAUGAUUUCCAAUUUUGAUAUAUAUACUGUAUAUAUCAGCAAAAUCUGUAUAUUAUUCCAAAUUUUAUAUACACACACACACACACACACACACACACACACUGGUGGCCAAAAGUUUGGAAUAAUGUACAGAUUUUGCUGUUUCGGAAGGAUAUUGGUACUUUAAUUCACCAAAGUGGCAUUCAACUGAUCACAAAGUAUAGUCAGGACAUUACUGAUGUAAAAAACAGCACCAUCACUAUUUGAAAAAAGUCAUUUUUGAUCAAAUCUAGACACGACCCCAUUUCCAGCAGCCAUCACGCCAACACCUUAUCCAUGAGUAGGGGUGUAACGGUACGACAUUUUCACAGUAUGAUAACAGUCACAAAAAUUACCACGGUAUUACGGUUUCACGGUAUUUAGGUGCAUUGAUAAUAUUAAAAGCAGUUCAAUAUUUGGUUAUUAAAUAGGCUAUUUCUGAUAAACACACAGAUAAAUAUUUCAGUUAUAACCAAUUCUUGAACUCUAUUUUGGAUUUCUUAAACUUUAAUCAUUUAACAUUUGAUCUUGAACAUCAUGACACUCUUAAUCCGACAAGGUAAAAAAAGAAAAAUACAAAAAAAAUUACCAAACCGGUAAACAUUAAUAAAAAACAUUUUGACAACAUGUACAGUAGUCAGAUGAUUAUAACUAAAAAGAUUUUGUUACUGUUAUUUUAUGAUUUGAUGAAAUUGAAUUGUAAUCAUUUGUAAUGAUUAUUGCCCAGGUUAACACUUAAAAUAUGCAUUUGCAUACAUUCAUUAAUUUGUUGCAUUUGUGAUUGUUCAAUUCUACAACACCUACUGAAAAUAUAUUAUUCAUGUGCAGUUUAUUUAUUGGCAUUUUGUCCAAUACUGACAAUUUCUGCCACAGAUUCACUGUCAGUUUCUUGCAUGCAUAUUGUCAAUGUCAGUUUCCUGAACACCAAACGCCAUGCAUUUUGUAAACCCUAUUUAGUACUAUGUUUUACAAAUAAAACAUAUUAUUAGUAUUAUCAAACACAUUGGCCUACUGUUGCGCUGCACUUAGGCAAAAGAACAAACAGCUGGCACAUCGUAAUGUUGAACGAGGUCUUAAAUCCGUUUGCUGCAUUUGUGAAUGUGACAGAAAGCAUAAACAUAACUUUAGCCUAACUAGUCAUUACAAAUCAUGUAAAACUACAUUGAAUCUGGUGUUUUUAUGAAACGGGCUAUAAUUUGUUAUCCUGUGUACUGUAUUUCCACUUACAUUUGUCUCCGCAAAUUCUGUGGGAUGGUGCUCACGGAGAUGGUGCUUAAGGUUUGAAGUGUUUCCUGCCUGAGCCGAUCAUUUUUUGCAGCAAACUUUACAGACUGGGUAACCAUCAACAUUGAUGGUGCCUCGUGGGUCUUUUACACAGCCAAGUAAUCCCAGACAGCGGACUUCAACUUAUGUGGCAGCGGAAAUAAAGGUUCAGGCUCGGAUAUGUCUGUAUGUUGCGCUCGUGCUGCACUCAUGCGGCACUCCGCUCGUGCUGGACUUCUGAUGUGCUCAUGAUGCUUAGCGCUCGUGACACCUGCAUGUCACCUUUAAAAUUGAGUGACCGUCAAAUGCAACAUGAGGAAGGCGCAAUUUAAAGAUUUAUUUUAUCUAGCCAAGUUUAUAUGAUGCUGUGUAAAUGUCGCAGAUUCUGUCUUAAUUAAACUGAUUUGGAUUUUAGAAAAGUUCUGAAAAAAUAUGUCUUUAGCUUCAUGCAAUACCGUCAAUGAGAAGAUUUCAACGGUAUGAUAACCGUCCGUUUUAAAACUGAGGUAUUGUGAAACCUUGAAACUGAUACAUCCCUAUCCUUGAGUAAUCAUGCUAAAUUGCUAAUUUGGUACUAGAAAAUCACUUGCCAUUAUAUCAAACACAGCUGUAAGCUAUUUGGUUUGUUAAAUGAAGCUUUACAUUGUCUUUGUGUUUGUUUUUGAGUUGCCACAGUAUGCAAUAGACUGACAUGUCUUAAGGUCAAUAUUAGGUCAAAAAUGGCAAAAAAGAAACAGCUUUCUCUAGAAACUCAUCAGUCAAUCAUUGUUUUGAGAAAUGAAGGCUAUACAGUGCUUGAAAUUGCCAAAAAACUGAAGAUUUCAUACAAAGGUGUACACUACAGUCUUCAAAGACAAAGGACAACUGGCUCUAACAAGGACAGAAAGAGAUGUUGAAGGCCAGAUGUACAACUAAACAAGAGGAUAAGUACAUCAGAGUCUCUAGUUCGAGAAAUAGACGCCUCAUAUGUCCUCAGCUGACAGCUUCAUUGAAUUCUACCCACUCAACACCAGUUUCAUGUACAACGGUAAAGAGAAAACUCAGGGGUGCAGGCCUUAUGGGAAGAAUUGCAAAGAAAAAGCCACUUUUGAAACAGAAAAACAAAAAGAAAAGUUUAGAG